AUGGCUCCUUUCAAGAGCCCUUUGGUACCAAUCUUCCUUGGCCUCCUCCUCAGCUUUGUUCUGGCGUCAGCUCAGCCCUCAGAUGAACCCUCAGCUCAGCCGUUCCCCACGUCCACCCCAAACUUCUUGACCCAAGGCUCUUGGAAGAUAUCAGACGUGGACAACUAUGUCAACACCACAGCGCUUGUGGCGGAGCUCAGGCCUCCUGCAACCCUCUUCGCCCCUACCGACGCAGCCUUCUCCGUCAUCCCCCCCAACGUGGUAGAGGGCCUCAAAGAGAACCCCGAUAUUCUUACAAACCUGAUCUCUUACCAUUUUGUCAAGGGCUUCCUCCCUGCCGCGGUACUGCUUUCUUUCCCCAACGGACAGGUGACGUCAGUCUUCCGCAAUCAGACCAUCAACACCACCGUCACGUCGGAUGGUUCCGUUUUUGUGGGAGUGAGUCGGCCCCUGGCGAAAGUAACGCAGGCCGACAUCUUUCUGCUUCCAGCAGUUUUCGCCACUCAUGGGAUCAGCAUGGUGCUCACACCUCAGAGAUUCGUUGUGUACGGUGAGUUUGCUAGACCGGCGUUUCCCGUUUCUGAGGCAAUUUUGACUGCCGUACGGAAGGAAUUGUGUUUAUCCAGCCUCUAA